AUGGGAAUGUUAGCAGCUCGAUCAAUUUACGAUUUGGAUGAUUUUGAAGCUAUAGAAAUGAUGUAUGAAGAAGAUUUUGAAAAUGAAGACGAAGAGGAGCAUGAAAAAGAGGAAGUGGAUGAAGGAAUGGGAAUUUUAUUAGAUCGAAUAAAUGAUGUUGAUAUGGACAAUCUGGACGCUCGAGCGGAUGAUAAGAAAGCUUUGUUUCCAACUGUGAGUCUUCAUGGAGUGGGAGAGUUGGUGCACGGAGUGUUUGAUUUAAAUUCGUUUUUGUUUGAUUUGUCAAGUUUUGAACAGCAAAUUCAACAAGAACGACAAU